AUGACUUACAGUCCAGAUAUCCCUAUCAAGGUAACUCGCAUAGCUCUCAAGGGAGCUCGCGAGUGGCAAGGACGUCAGUUCCCACUUGCUUAUCAGGUAAGCGGUGCCGAGCCGCCGACACUCGAAGACAGCACAGCGUUCUUGCGAGAAUUGGGAGCGUCCGGAGAGCUGACCAGGCUGCUUCAAGAGCAUGGUGGAGUGUUGUUUCGAGGAUUCGGCUCACCCUCUGCAGAAACGUUCUCCACCCUUGUGAAUGCGGCGGAGCGGGGGAGAAAGAACAUGCCUUAUGAGCAAGUCGGACUUGCUGGUAAAAGAACCAUUCAAGCUCCUGAGGUGUUCACGGCAAACGAAGGUCCUGAAACUCAGCGUUUUUUCCUUCACAACGAGUACGCUCGUUAUACGAGGUAUCCCGGCUUCAUUCAUUUUUAUUGCGAAAUCGCCCCCGUUACUGGUGGUGAAUCACCGGUCGGGAACAGCUUGGAGAUGUUUGAACGUAUCAACGCCGAAAUUCCUGAUUUCGUAGAGGAAGUUCAGAAGCGGGGAUUGAGUAUGACCCAGAUCUAUCCCGCACCGUAUGAGAACGACGGCAAGUCAAAUUACUUUGACUAUACUGGUGUGGAUACCUUUGGCCACACUCUUCAACCGGGUGACGAACCAACAACCGUUAGAAGAAAGGUCGAGGAACAAGUACGUCGGCUCACGGACGACUUUGAGUGGUUGGAGGACGGCAGCAUCAAGGUGGUGCAGCACGUAUCCGCUGCUAAUCGAUACCUUGGUCAUCCCAACUGGUUCAACGGUCUUUCGGGUCGACACGGAACGGCUACCUUUAUGAAUGCAGUAGAACCCCCCUACAAAGGCACGGAUGGAAAGACCUAUCCACCGGCACGGUACACGGACGGCACCGAAAUUCCACGGACAAUAGAGAUAUGUUGA